CUAGUCUCAUUUCGCUGAAUUCGUGUGAUUAAUGUAAUUGAAAUGAAAAUGUUGCAGACAGCUCGAAUUUUUACGGGAACGAUUUUGCUAAUAUUCACGGGAAACGUUCUGGCUGAUGAAAUGAUGAGCUUGCCCAUGGGAUUAUUGAUUGAAGCCGUUGAGCCAUACGCUAUUAAUUGUGACCCGAAGCCUGAGCUGGAACACGCGCAGGAGCUUUUCUUGAAUAAGGAGGACGCACAGCAUACAACGAAAUGUCUACGUCGGUGUCUAAUGGAUCAGUUCGAAUUGUUUAUAGAUGGUGGCACGCAAGUAAAUAGCGAAAAGCUGGUGGGCUAUAUGCUAUUGGCAUAUCCUGACAAAAUGGAAGAGCUUAACGAAAUUUUAGACGGCUGUAACGAACAAAACGAAGAAAUGGGCAUCGAUGAGAAAUGCGAAGUGGCUCAUGUAUUUGGAAUGUGUAUGCUGAAAGAAAUGCAAUCACGUGAAUAUGAAAUACCUAAGGUUGUGGAGUGAAAAAAAAUUUCAAACCAAUUUUAAAUACAAUUGUUACUUUUAAUAAAAGUUGAACAAUUACAGCAUA